AAUCCUACGCCUUUACCUCUGGUCAUCUCCCCCAUUUGCUUUCUUUUUCUUUUUCACUUUUUCCCACCCCUUUCUUCUUCUUUAUCCCAUUAAGACCACCAGAUGCAAUCGACUGGCAUGAGGGCAUCACACUCAAGAGGAAAAAUAAUUGUUCGAAUGGCUUGGACUACAUACAUGGUUUCUGGAUUCAGCAGAUUGAUUUUGGUCAGAUGAUCAAGUUUUCUGAGGUAUCUAUUGAAGAAUCAAUAUGUUCCAAAAGGCUCAGGAGAUCGUGUAAUGAGAUGGCACUUCAUGAUAGGAGGAAUUGCCUCUUAAACGAAUAGAUUUAUAAUAUCAACUUAGUUCUUUACUUCCGUUGUUCUGUUAUAUUCUUCCAUGUAUUAUGUGUACAGUGUACAUUGUAAACAAAUUUGUGCAAUUAAUCAAGUUUAAUGCUUUGUUCUUUCCAUUU